AUGAUUAAAAAAGGUCUGUUAUCAGAUUCACCAAAUAUAGUACAUAUUGGACCAAAUUUAAAGAAAUAUCUUAUGAAUGUUAAAGAUAAUACUUUUGGUAUUAGGCCUGAAAAUAAUGAUUAUUUUAUUGGAAAUACAAAGAUUACAUUUGAUUAUGAUGAUAUAAUUAUUAAUGAUAAAAAAUAUAUUGGUACUGAUGGUUUAUUACAAUUAUUAACUCAAAAAGAAUUGAAUGAUACUGAUUAUACUGAAGAUGAUUUAAAUAACUAUAAAGAAAUAGCAAUUAACACAAAUCUGGUAUAUGAUAAAUAUGAUGCUAAUAGUAAUAAAGUAAAAUCCAGUAGAGGUUAUAAAUGGAUGAAUAUAUUAGGACCAAUGUGGAAUGAUAUAAAAAAUAAUAAAAAAACAGAUUAUUUCUCAAAGUCAGAUUUAUCACCAUACAUAAAUAAAAUAAAUAAUCUUGAAAAUAAAAUCUGUGAUAAACAAAUAAUUGAGUUUUCAUUCUUAACUGGUGAUGAACUACAAGUGUUUAAUUUCGAAUAUGAUUUUACACUUAGAAAAAUAAUUAUUAUUGGUAAGAAUAUAAACAAAGAAUUGAAAUUUGAUGACUUUAAUAUUAUGGUAAGUGUAGCUGAUAAACUAUAUGAAGUAAAUAAUGUAUGUUAUCCUGAUGAUGAUGUAUCUGUAUUCAUAAAUCAACUAACUGAUGAUUGUUUGAAUUAUCUUUUUGAUCUAAAUGGUGAUGAAGUAUGUAUUGUUUAUGAAUAUUUUAAGAAACAGAAUACAUUUUAG